GGAUUCAGAUCGCAGGAGGAGCAGGAGAAGCUGAUUGGCUGAGGGUGUUGUCUGCGCUGUUCAAUGGAGGAAGGGGAGACUUCUCUGUAAGAGCCUGCGAACGACUGGAGUUGGCUUCGGAAGAGGCGAAAACGAUCCACAGAACCCGCCGUGGCGGGGCUUCAAGACUCUUCGAGUGAGCCGCGGCCCCAAGCUCAGCAAACAUCAUCAGAAUUACCUCCAGCCACAGAGUGGGGAGACUCCAACCUGAUGGGCACUCCCGCCUCCGUUGCCUGUGACUCGCCCCCCCACCCUCAGCCACCCAAGUCUUGCACUCGCAAAAGAGCAUCUGCCGACAUCUUUCAGGGUGUGGGGCUGCUGCAGCUACACCAUCUCUUCCACAUCAGCGGGGAUGCACAAGCAGAGGAGCGGGCCCAGCUGGUGUGGGAGCGUGCAGGGAAACAGUGUAUUGGUCAGGCCUUGCGACAGCUGCACAGAAAGAGAAAACUCAGGUUACGGCCUCACCAGAAGUCCCCUUCAGAGUCAGGAAGUGGCACUGGAUUCCUGGAGUUACAGCACUUCAGCCAUUUACGGAUUGAAGACAGUACUACAUCUCACACUGAGGACAAUGGGCUCAACAGCAGCAAGAUGCCAGAUGUGGCUGGUCAAGCUAGACCGUGCCCUGCCUCCUGCUAUAGGCAGAAAAGAAGGGGUAUUGGAGCUGCAGGCUACCUGCACCAGCUCCACUAGUAAGCAACUGAACCCAACCCCUCUUAUCAACACAGUUGUCAGUUAGUGGAAAUGGGCCGAAUGGGAACAGCCUGAGACGGAGGAUGCCCAAUGGCAACUAUGCUACAACGCAUGUCUUUAAAAGAAAGAAUCCCUCCUGCUUAGGGGGAAUCAUGACCUCACCCUGAGGCCACCAACACUGUCUUAGCUGCAGAAGGGCACUGUCCUUGGCUCGACAGAGCUCAAACACUACGUUUACUGAAUGCACUUGGCUGUAUUUAAUAAAGGCUUAUAUGUA